GUUUGAGGGAGGAGUGGGCUUGGACCGGCUUGGAUCUGGCUGUUGGAGGCAAGGCUCCUACUACACUCGGUUGUGGUGCAUCUCGUGAGCGCUCCGGAAAGGAAAGGACCGCAGCGAGGAGCCUUCUGCACAGGGAGUUCUAUAUGGUAGCGGCCGGGAGGUGACCCUUCCCUUCGUUUGCCAAUGGGCCCUCCGCGGACCUCCCUGUCUACCCCAGGCCAACCGAGAACAGAAUCGGUGGUGCAAGCCCUCUAAGCUUUGCUGUGCCCCUCAAGGGUUCUGCGCACCUUGAUGCCUCAUGCUGUUCUUCCUGCCGUCACACCGGUGCAUUUCUGUUUCCUUGGUUGCUUGUGUGGAUGGAUGUCGGUGCUCUUCUGUGAACAUCCAUUUGAACAAAGUCGAGGACGAGUUAGGGUCCAUGGAAAAGUUGGUCUCUGCAGAUGAAAGUGGAUUUCGCGGAUGAUGGUAGAUAGGUGUCAUGCUGAGUCAACCUUUCUAAGGCGACCAGGAAGUAUCUGGGAAAGCUCGCAAUAAUCUAAUCUACACAACCACUGUCCAUUAGUUCUGUAUUCCUAGAGAUGGGUUUAGUCUGAUCUGUACUUAUUCCCAUUAACAUUUUUUGUGAUAUUACACACCCCUCGAGUCUUCUGCAGCUACAUGGCAGUUUGAGUCACUCACACACAGACAUUGCUAUCUUGAUAUAACCCCUUAUCUGUUAAAAGCGUGAGGUGCUAUUUAAGAUGUGAAUAUUGCAAAGUCCUCAUAAUGUGACAAGGUAUCUGAAGCACACAGAAAAAGCUACAGUAAGCAAUGUGGGGAUGAAUAAAGACAGCAAGCACUAAUACCCUUACCAGUAAUUAUAAUAAUUCAAGUUUCUGUUUUUCAUCCUAUGUAGCUAAGAAUCCUGUUAUAGUGUCUUUCCCCGUGUUUUGGAUGAUAGUGUGGUGACAUGGGACAGAGCAGUUCAAGUAGGACAAAAGAGGAACAUGACUAGGUUCAUGAUGACUGGAGAUCAUAUCCGUUCCUUAAUUGGCACUGGAGCUUACUUCUUCAGGAUUCCUGCAUAGACAGAAGACCAGCUGAAACUGAGAAACUACUAGAUUACAGAUAGCUAUUUUGGGUUUAGCCUUUCUAAGGUGGAAUUAGCUAUGGAUAAUUCAUACAAUUUAAAUGAACAAAGCUCAUGGAAUGGAAUCGCAUCUGAGAAGAAAAAGAAUUACCUUGCAUCAGAAGAUCACGGACAGAAAAUCUUAAGUGUGCUACAGAGUUUUAGAGAACAGAAUGUCUUUUAUGACUUCAAAAUAAUCAUGAAAGAAGAAAUAAUCCCAUGUCAUCGUUGUGUAUUGGCUGCGUGCAGUGACUUUUUCAGGGCUAUGUUCGAAGUAAACAUGAAAGAAAGAGAUGACGGAAGUGUUACCAUUACUAACUUGUCCUCCAAAGCUGUAAAGGCAUUUCUUGACUAUGCCUAUACGGGAAAAACAAGAAUAACAGAUGAUAACGUGGAAAUGUUCUUCCAGUUGUCAUCCUUUCUUCAGGUUUCCUUCCUGUCCAAAGCUUGCAGUGACUUUUUAAUAAAAAGCAUCAGUUUGGUCAAUUGUUUGCAUUUGUUAUCUCUGUCAGACAGCUACGGCUCUGCCCAGUUGUUCAGUCACACUUUAUAUUUUGUGCAGCAUCACUUUCAUUUGUUGUUUAAAUCCAGUGACUUUUUAGAAAUGAGUUUUGGAGUGCUGCAGAAGUGUCUGGAAUCAGAUGAAUUGAAUGUACCUGAAGAAGAAAUGGUUCUAAAGGCUGUCCUCACAUGGAUUAAGUACAACUUAGAGUCCAGGCAAAAACACCUGCCUCACUUGAUUACCAAAGUAAGAUUACAUCAGUUAUCUGAGGACACACUUCAAGACUGUUUGCUCAAUGAAGAGUAUUUACUCAAAAGCACAAACUGUUUUGACAUAAUCGUGGAUGCCAUUAAGUGUGUACAAGGUUCUAGUGGCCUCUUUCCUGAUGCUCGACCAUCCACAACUGAAAAAUAUAUAUUCAUCCAUAAGACUGAGGAAAAUGGAGAAAAUCAAUAUACAUUUUGCUAUAAUAUUAAAACUGACUCCUGGAAAGUAUUGCCACAAUCACAUCUGAUUGAUUUGCCAGGAUCUAGUCUGUCUAGCUAUGGAGAGAAAAUAUUCUUGACAGGUGGUUGCAAAGGGAAGUGCUGUAGAAGGAUUCGACUUCAUAUUGCACAGUCUUACCAUGAUGCCACUGACCAGACCUGGUGCUACUGUCCAGCUAAAAAUGAGUUUUUCUGGGUUUCAGCCAUGAAAACCCCAAGAACCAUGCAUACAUCAGUCAUGGCUCUCAAUCGAUUAUUUGUUAUAGGCGGAAAAACUAGAGGAUCCCAGGACAUAAAAAGUCUCUUAGAUGUUGAAUCUUAUAAUCCACUGUCCAGAGAGUGGACAUCAGUUAGCCCUUUACCCAGAGGCAUAUAUUACCCAGAGGCCAGUGCAUGCCAGAAUAUCAUUUAUGUCCUUGGAUCUGAGGUAGAGAUUGCUGAUGCUUUCAACCCAUCACUUGAUUGCUUUUUUAAAUAUAAUGCUACAACUGACCAGUGGUCUGAACUAGUAGCAGAGUUUGGGCAGUUUUUUCAUGCUACUUUAAUUAAAGCUGUCCCAGUAAACUGUACCCUUUAUAUAUGUGAUCUUUCUACCUAUAAGGUUUAUAGUUUUUGUCCUGAUACUUGUGUUUGGAAAGGAGAAGGGUCUUUUGAGUGUGCAGGUUUUAAUGCAGGUGCAAUUGGAAUUGAGGAUAAGAUUUACAUAUUAGGUGGAGAUUAUGCACCAGAUGAGAUCACAGAUGAAGUGCAGGUCUACCACAGUAGUAGGUCAGAGUGGGAAGAGGUGUCACCAAUGCCAAGAGCUUUAACUGAAUUUUACUGUCAGGUCAUUCAGUUCAACAAAUAUAGGGACCCAUGGUAUUCAAAUCAUUUCUAAAAAUAAUAUUUGCAUGAGAGCUCUAAAAUUGCACCUAGUAGAAUUGGUUAAAAAUAUGUAUAUCUCAGCAAACUGAAAUGUUCCUUGUAUUAAAGAAUGACUAUAGAUGUAUGCUCUCAAUAAAUAGUUUCCAGGAGUUUAAAAUACAAAAUACAUUUUACCAAAGUUUUGUUGAAUAUAAAUUCAUGUUCAAUAAUCCAGAUUACAUAGUAUUUUCUUAUAUAAAUAAAAAUCACAAAUUUAUGUCUAUUUA